AUGGUCCCAAGUGAAGCAAACCAGUACAUUGGGAUCAUUAGCUUGCUGAAGCAUUUUGGUUGGACCUGGAUUGGGCUCUUUGCUGUGGACGAUAACAGUGGAGAACAGUUCAUACAGACCCUGGAGCCAUUGCUUUCUCAGAAUGGAAUCUGUUCAGCCUUCACACAAAGAAUCUCCAACCAACAUGAUUUAACGAAUAUCAAUGCAUUUAACAUAUUAGCUUCUAUUAUUUACCUAGCUUUCUCAGAAAGCAAAGUCAGUAUCUUUGUCAUCUAUGGAGAUUCUAUGACCAUUCUAUGGGUGAAUGCAUAUGUGCUCAUAGGAUUUCCUAGCUACAAUGAAAGCACAUCACUUGGAAAGGUGUGGGUUAUGACAGCCCAGCUGGAUUUUACAUUAACAGGCGUUCAGAAUGUAUGGGACUUUCAAUUGUUCGAAGGGGCCCUGUCCUUCACAAUUCACUCUGAUGAGAUUCAGGGAUUCAAGGAAUUUCUUCAGGUGGUAAAACCUGGCUGGAAUCAAGCAGAUGGCUUUCUCAAGGACUUCUGGGAGCAGGCAUUUAACUGUUUAUUUCCAGACCCCCAGGAGCUGAUCGAGGUUGGUGGAUCUUGUACUGGAGAGGAGAGGUUGGAGAAUCUUCCUGCAACUGUAUUUGAAAUGCACAUGACUGGCCACAGCUACAGUAUCUAUAAUGCUGUCUAUGCUGUGGCACAUGCUUUGCAUGCCAUAGAGUCAUCUCGAUACAAACACAGUCCAAUGAUGAGUGGCAAAAGUAUUCAAGAUCUCCAGCCCUGGAAGCUGAACCCAUUUCUUGAAGGCAUUUUGUUUAAUAACUCCAUUGGAGAAGCAAUCUUUUUUCAAGAUAACAGGGAGAGGAGAGGUGGAUUUGACAUAACGAACAUGGUCACUUUCCCAAACAAAUCAUUCAAGAGAGUCAAAGUUGGAAGGGUGGAUGCCAAGUUUAAGGAAGCAAAAGAGUUCAUCAUUAAUACAGAUAUAAUUGUGUGGCACAGGAGUUUUAACCAGGUGAUGCCUGUCUCUGUGUGCAGUGAUUCCUGCCAUUCUGGUUAUCAGAAGAAAAAGAAGGAAGGAAUGAAGUUUUGCUGCUACAGUUGCGCCCUGUGUCCAGAAGGAAAGAUUUCCACCCAGAAGGAUACGGAUGACUGUUCCAAAUGCCCAGAAGAUCAGUAUGCAAGCAAGGACAGAGAUCGGUGCAUCCUGAAACUGACAAUCUGUCUGUCUUAUGAGGAACCCUUAGGGAUCAGUUUAGCCUUGGUUGCUAUUUCUUUUUCCCUCAUCACAGUCGCAGUGUUAGGAACUUUCAUUAAGCACAAAGAUACCCCCAUAGUCAAAGCCAACAACCGUGACAUCACCUACACUCUCCUGGUCUCCCUCCUGCUCUGCUUCCUCUCAUCUUUACUUUUUAUAGGAAGACCUCAGAAGUUGACUUGCUGUCUCCGACAAUCUUCCUUUGGAAUCAUCUUCUCUGUAGCAGUUUCAUGUGUAUUGGCAAAAACUAUCAUUGUUGUUGUAGCUUUCAUGGCCACCAAACCAGGGUCCAGCAUGAGGAAGUGGGUGGGGAAAACAUUGGCCAACUCCAUUGUCCUUUUCUGCUCUUUGAUUCAAGCAGGCAUCUGUGUAGUGUGGCUAGCAACUUCUCCCUCCUUCCCCAAUUUGGACAUGCAGUCAGUACCUACACAGAUCAUAUUGGAAUGCAAUGAAGGGUCUGUCCUCAUGUUUUAUCUUGUUCUGUGCUACAUGGGCCUUCUGGCCAUCAUCAGCUUCACUGUGGCUUUCCUGGCAAGGAAGUUGCCAGACAGUUUCAAUGAAGCCAAAUUCAUCACCUUCAGCAUGUUGACGUUUUGCAGUGUUUGGUUGUCAUUUGUUCCAACCUACCUGAGCACCAAGGGGAAAUACACGGUGGCUGUGGAGAUCUUCUCCAUCUUAGCUUCCAGUGCUGGGUUAUUAGGCUGCAUCUUUGCCCCUAAAUGCUUCAUCAUUUUGCUGAGGCCUGACUUGAACAAUAGGGAGCAGCUAAUAAGAAAGAAAGAUUAG